CCUUGCUGGGUUUGGCAAGCAUUCUUUUCCAGGAUUUCUCCUGGAGUCCAAAAAUGGUUCUGCCUGAACAAUGAGGCGUUCUUAUGCCUGCCAUCUGGUGGCCAGAUACCACAGGAUAUGAUGGAGCUCCUAGAGGAAGAUCUCACCUGUCCUAUUUGCUGUAGCCUGUUUGAUGAUCCUCGUGUCCUGCCCUGUUCACACAACUUCUGCAGAAAGUGUCUGGAAGGAAUCCUUGAGGGAAACGUGAGGAAUGUGCUUUGGAGGCCAUCCCCUUUCAAGUGCCCCACGUGCAGGAAGGAAACUCCCGUUACUGGAGUCAACAGCUUGCAAGUCAACUAUUCCCUGAAAGGUAUCGUGGAGAAGUAUAACAAAAUCAAAGUAACUCCGAAAAUGCCUGUGUGCAAAGUUCACAGCGGGCAACCCCUUAACAUUUUUUGCCGGACAGACAUGCAGCUGAUCUGUGGGGUAUGUGCCACCCGUGGUGACCACACAAAGCAUGUUUUCUGUUCUAUUGAAGAAGCUUAUUCCCAGGAGAAGCGGGCUUUUGAAACCCUGUUUCAGGGCUUUGAAACUUGGCGUUGUGGAGAUGCCCUCUCGCGACUGGAUACUUUAGAAACCAGUAAGAGGAAAGCUCUGCAGAUGCUGACCAAAGAUUCUGACAAAGUGAAGGAGUUCUUUGAGAAGCUGCAGCACACACUGGAGCAGAAACGAAAUGAGAUUCUCUCUGACUUUGAGACCAUGAAGCUUGCAGUGAUGCAGGCCUAUGACCCAGAAAUCAAUAAACUGAAAACAAUUCUGCAAGAGCAACGGAUGGCUUUUAACAUCGCGGAGGCCUUCAAAGAUGUGUCUGAACCCAUUAUAUUUCUGCAACAGAUGCAGGAGUUCAGGGAAAAAAUCAAGGUGCUCAAAGAAACCCCUUUACCUUGUUCCAGUGUGGACAUCAGCCCUACAAUGAAGAGCUUUGAUACCAGCCAGUGGAAUGGAAUAAAACUAGUUGAUGUGGACAAACUUUCCUUGCCUCAGGAAAACAACACUCUUAAAUUCAAGAUUCCCUCGGUCUUUUCACGCAGAUUUAUAGUGAACUCUCUUAUUUGCUUGCUUAUUCUUGCUGUCACCAGAAUGUCCUUCGUGGAGUCAGUCGUUGACAAUCUCCAGUGCUGGAAAUCUCAAUUCUUUACAAUUAGCUUGUCCUAUUUGGCAGAUACAGUGGAGAUAGCAGAUCAUGCAGUCUUUUACUGGGAACAGAUGACAGAUGGAGCUUUACUUCUAAGAGAAAAGUGUAAAAACUAUACGUUGGUUGUACUGGAUAAUGUUGCACAGUUUGUGUGCAAAUAUAAACUGUUGUGAAGUCCCUGCUGAAAUAUAAGAACUAAGAGAGAUCUGGUGAAGAAAACAUAGAACUUCUUAAAA